AUGGCGUCCCUGUCCUCAGCCCCAAGCAUAGGAGCCUCCGCUCCGCAAAGCGUAGAGAAAAUCAGCCGUCUUGCGCAGGACUACAAAUUCAACCCCGCAGUUCCUUUGCGAUAUUGGCUGAGGACUGCUGGUACACUGAUGCGCGAGGCUCGGAUCUACCUGCGCGAAGGACACGACGAACAGGCGUACCUCCUACUCUUUCGGCAUGCCCAACUAGUACUUGUAAACUUAGCCAGCCAUCCGGACUUGAAGGAUGGAAAAGAUGUUAGGGAAGAACGGAAGGCACUGGUGGCCGCUGAGAAGGAAGUCAAGCAGAAUUUGGAGAUACUGGAGAAACUGAAACCGCGGAUCAACAAGCGAUAUGAGCGUUAUACACAGUUGAUGCGCGAGCGUCAGUCCCGCAUGUCGUUGUCCGCUGCGGUCAUUCCCGCUGCAUCGACUCUACCACCGCAACCUCCUGACCCUGCCCUUUCGGGCGUUGCCGAACCCCUGGAAGCGGGGAAGGAUAAUGAGCUGGCUGUCAAAUUGGCUCGGACCGAGAUCAGCCGGAGAGCAACGGCUAGGAAUGCAAUGCGCCAGGGCGGCCUCGGUGACGGGGAUGAGUCGAACCGACGUGUCGCGGGGAUAUGGGGGGACUGGGAAGAAGCUCUGCAGCGGAAUGCGAGGAAGGAUUCCGAUGAUAUGAGUCGGCGCAUGCAAGAAGUGCGGCUCAACCUGGAAGGCAGGCCACAGGUUUCGAGCAAGCCUGUAACACGGCCGCUGGUCGAUGUUUCGUCUACAUCCACCUACAAGUAUCCCUCUGUACCCCGGCAAAGACCGCUGGAGGUUCCGUCAAUCCCAGUGGAGAGCCAACAGUCCGAGGCCCGCAAACUCACGAAGCCACCGAUACUUCCUCCUAAAGAGAGCAUCCAGACUGGCCAGCUAAGCAACAUAGAUGAACUUCCACCUCGACCGGACAAGGUAUCGCAGGGGAAUUUGUCCGAAACUGCACCUACAGUGCCUACCAAAGUGACAGUAGAUGAUAAACGCAAGGGUUUGGAUCCAUCUAGCUUCACAUUCAAGCCGUCCGCCUACCUUGAGAACGGGACACCUCUUCGUACGGUCUUUCUCCCACCACAAUUGCGCAGACAUUUUCUUUCGCUCGCCGCAUCUAAUACUCGCAAGAACUUGGAGACAUGUGGCAUUCUUUGUGGCACAUUGAUAUCCAACGCACUCUUCAUUUCACGACUCCUCAUUCCGGAACAAGUUUCCACCUCUGAUACAUGUGAGACCGUGAAUGAGUCUGCCAUUUUUGACUACUGCGAUUCGGAAGAUCUAAUGGUGCUUGGCUGGAUCCAUACGCACCCUACACAGACCUGCUUCAUGAGCUCAAGGGACCUGCACACCCAUUGCGGAUAUCAAGUGAUGUUACCCGAGAGCAUUGCUAUUGUUUGUGCGCCGAGUCAGACUCCAAACUGGGGAGUCUUCCGUUUAACAGAUCCGCCAGGGCUCAAGUCAGUCCUGAGCUGUACUCAAACGGGAUUAUUCCAUCCGCAUGCCGAGGCCAAUCUGUACACGGAUGCAUUGCGCCCAGGACAUGUUUUUGAGGCCAAUGGGUUGGAAUUUGAGACUGUUGACCAGCGGGCGAACAUGUCAUGA